AUGGAAAAACUAUGUGGCGGCCCUGUUGCAGCAUGUUGGUGUUGUUUAUUAGUGGUGGUGUUCCUGUCAGGCUCCUCCGCUAUUGCCCAGACGAGAAGCAACGCUCCCAUUGUUCGUCCAGGUUGCCCCACCCACUGCGGAAACUUGACGGUUCCCUACCCAUUCGGAAUCGGGAUAGGAAGUGAAUGUGCACUUGAUUCCGGAUUCGAGAUAUCCUGCGACACUACUACUGUUUCCAAUCAAGGCAGAGCAAUCUUUAGAGGAUGGAGUGGGCUCCGCUUUGUGUAUAACAUAUCAGAAACCCAGAUUUCGGUUGCGCACUCCCCAAUGCUGGCAACCAAUUGCUACGACUCCAAAGGAGCAUUGGUUCGUAAGCCGCCAUUUCUACUCCAAACUUAUUGGGUACUGCCCAUACAAAGAUAUUAUCACUGCAGCCUCUCCCCUGAAAACAAGAUAACCACAAUUGGCUGCGACGAUACUCUCGUCAUAUCGCAAGGAACCAAUAUUACUUCCACAUGUUCUAAUGCCUCUCAAGUGCCUCACAAUGGGGCUUGUUCCGGUAUCGGCUGCUGCCAAUUACCCUUACCCAAGGGCUCCAACAAGGUCUACAAUAUUAGCAUGCUCAGUGCCUCGAACCACACCAGGGUCUGGUCCUUCAAUCCCUGCUCAUACAUGUUUCUUGGAGACACCAGUCGCUUCAGAUUGCUUGGUGCAUCUGAUUUCAGCAAUCCUAAUUUCACACGGAGGGUUGUUGAAACUGUUCCCGUGGUUCUAGACUGGGCAAUUGGAGACUUGAGUUGCAAAGAAGCCGAAAGCAGUAGUGGAUAUGCUUGCCAAGCGAAUAGCCAUUGCGUAGAUUCCGGCACCGGAUUUGGAGGUUAUCGCUGCGAAUGCGAUUAUGGUUAUGAAGGCAACCCAUAUCUCACUCAAGGCUGCUUCAUGGCGUUAGACCGGCCAAUUGGAAACUUGAGUUGUAACGAAGCCCAAAAAAGAAGUGGAUAUGCAUGCCAAGCCAAUAGUCACUGUGUAGAUUCAGGCCGCACAGGAAAUGGAGGUUACAUGUGCCGUUGUGAUGACGGUUAUGAAGGGAAGUAG